GCCACUCUCAAGUGAGUUCCCCCGAAUACAAAAUCUUCUUGUUUUGGUUGUUUUUUUGUGCAAUCAGCUGGCAGUUUUUAAAAGCUCCGCGCGAAGGAAACACAAAAAGAGAACGAAGAAAAGAAGUGGAGAAAGAGCACAGAAAAGUGGAAGAAAAUUGUUUCAAAGACAGAAGGCAAAAUAAAGUAGUAAAUAAGUUAAUUGUAGGCACACACACAGGUCAUUGGGAAAUGAUUUGAAAGUCAAUUGCGUGGUGGAGUGAUGACUGGAGGCUUGGAUUGAAGAUAAGUGAUUUGGAAGCAGUGAAGAAGUUCAAUAAAUCAACUUGAUUCCGUACGCGGGAGCUCCGGCGACAAUCCAGCUGUGUGGCACAAUCUUAUCGCGCAUUGACGAGGGCAGAAAAGUCAAUUGGGAGGCGGUGCUCCACCACACGGUAUUGUAACAAAUAUUGAGGAAGGGACACACAAAAAAUGGCCAGCUUGAGUAAAUUUGUGGGAAUUCCCACAACUUGUGUGGAGUACAUGCACCCGUGGUCAGAUCACUGUGUCAAUGCAACAGCUGGUCUCCUCUUGCAAUCAUGCAGUGAGUCCCUCCGGAUCUAUUCGGCUGUUUACUUGCUCUCCCUCGUGAUGCGAGGGAAGAUUCCCAGUCGAAAGGAUUUACAACGAACACUGCACGGGAUGCUGCAAUCUACGGCAUUUCUCACCACAAAUGCCUUCACCUUCUCCAUGUUCGUCUGCCUCCUGCGGCGAUGGUUGGGUAAGUUGUACUUCCUCACGGUGGCCUUUAUACCAUCGUGGAUGGCCAGCUUCUGCGCCAUUCUCGUAGAGCGUCCAUCGCGUCGUGGUCUCCUCUGUCUCUACGUUGCCAACGUAGCCACUGAGACCUACUGGCGAAUGCUGGAAUCCCGCGGGCUCGUACAUCCCAUCAAGUACGGCAGGGUGAUGAUCUUUGGCCUCAGUGCCACAAUCCUGCUCCUCCUGUACCGCUCGGGAUUGCACAAAACCCAAAAUGAUGGACUUUUUGACAUUAUACGCUUCGUUGUGGGAAAGAGUGAGGAAGCUCACGCAGAGGAUGCCGAGCGUCCUCCUGAUCGCCCACCCGUAGCCCGUCCAGCAAUACCUCACGGGAGCAUCCUUCGGAUUGUCCAUGACAAAGUAAUGGGAUUCCUCAGGGCUCUCCCGAAGCACUUCUCCUGCCCACAUCGUGAUUCGUGUGUUUCCUACACCCUCCAGGGUGGCACGAAGCUCUUCUGCGUUGGCCUCGGGCUACAGCUGACGCUCUCACUAGUCUUCCAGAUGGGAAAAAUCCUCCGGAACCCCUCGGCAAUUAAACGAAUCCUCCGGAGUCGCGAUGUUAUGAAGAUUGCUCUCUUCCUCGGUGGCUUCUCUGCCCUCUUUCGCGCAACAUCGUGCUCCCUGCGUCAUCUCCUUGGGCGUGAUUCACCAUAUCACGCAGUGCCAGCAGGACUCCUGGCAAGUACAAUGUUCUCUCAGUACCCCGAUACGAGUGUCUGCCUCUACAUUAUGUGGAAGAUGCUGCAGAUCACUUACAAGUUGGGCAUUGAACGAAAGAUCGUCCCACGAAUCCCAGGAGCAACAAUCUUCCUGUACUGCACCUUCACAGCCACCCUCUUUCAUGUGGCAAUGGUGGAGCCCCGAAAUCUCCGACCGAGUUACUGGAAAUUCCUUCAUUCACUCUCCGGUGGUCGUUCAGCGGCUAUUGAUCGUAUUCCUGUGGACCUAUGGGGACUUGAGACGAGUAAACAACUCAUGGAAGUCCUCAAGAGCACACGCACGGACUUUAAUGUGAAGUUCCUCCUCUAAAUGGUACACACACAUGGGAAUGCAACAGGAAGUCAUUCCAUGAGAAUGUUUGGGAUACAUCAUUUGGGAAUUUUUAUUUUUGCAUUAAGACAACAAAAAGAUUUUGGAACAGAAAUAUAUUAGAGUGGGGUAAUAUUAAAA